AUGUCCGACCUGCCUCGAUCUAUCUACGACAGGACUACCAACCACCUCAAAGAUGCCCUCAGGCAGCUUGAAUUCGCAGUUCGCCUUCCCGGAUACGAAGGUUUCAAGAGACUCCGCUGGAAGAUUCGUAAGGACGGACGCUCUGACACCUAUCUCCGAGCGGAAGCCCAGCACAACCCUUCGCACCUUAUGAACGCAUUCGGACCUGACUAUGGCUAUGUGACGAUCCGCCAGUUGGUCGGCCUGUUUGGGGACAGACUCCCUCCCUGGCUCUGGUCAGAACUUUCAGAGGAGGACAAGAGAUUGGCAAGCUCCACGUUCGAAGACCAGGUCCAGAACACCAACAUCGCGCAAUUGUGGGGCCGUUCUCUAAGGGAAUGCGCUGAUAGCGUGUCGAUGCCUCUCUCCGAUGUCGAGUCGCUGGUGAUCGAAAGUCUUCUCAGGCAUCGCGAGGUCCUCUUCUCUUUCAUCGCCUCGCGCGUGGAAUCUGCCGAAGAUGAGAACAGAAGCAUCUCCUCUCAGAGCCAAGCACGAUGA